AUGUCUCUCCAUCUCCCCCGUCAAGCCAACACUUGCACCGGCAGCAAGCAAUGGUAUGUUUGCUCCAAGGGCAACUUCCAUGGCUGUUGCUCAGUCGAUCCGUGCAAUACCGGGGUAUGUCCGGAUCAAGAAAGCCAGACUACAUUGUCGACUGCGACUACUGCAACCACCUCGAAAGCUGCCUCAACCACAACGGCGACCUCACCAACGACAGCUAUCACCACCGCUCCGUCUACAAGCUCCCAGGGAGACAUCCCAGAAAUCAUUCCGACUCGGACUGUGACUCAGGCUGUUGCACCGGCGACAGAUACUGGUACUGCUGAUGCGAGUCCUAGCCAUGACCACGGCGCAUUGAUCGGGGGUGUUGUGGGUGGUAUACUGACCUUGAUACUGCUGAGUGGGCUGUUAUUCCUGGUCUAUCGGUCUCGCAAGAAGCAUGGUAAACGGUUCGUUUUGCUGCGCUGGCGUGUCCAUCGUGGCGAGAGCCAUGAGAAAGCCUCAACAGUUGCAAACAGUAGGGGUGUUGGGCCAGGGAACGAGGGACGAUUGCUUCAUGUACCAAACUCCAACACGCCAACCAACGCAAUCAUCAACCAACCCUUAACGGUGCCCGGCUCAGAACGAACUUCAGCAACGUCAAACACCAUAAGCCAACCGUCCACUCACGCUAACGCAAACACAAGUAAAAUCUCAGCACCAGCUGAGACAACCCAGCACAGCUCCUUGUCCUCGUUACCACCACCCUCAUCCACAACGAGCCACCCCUCCCCCGAUCUCAACCUCAACCUCAGCACAAGCACAAGCACAAGCAUAAGCACCAGCCCACAUCCACCAGCACCAGACCGAGCAGACAUAACCCCCGAACUCUCAGACACAGGCUUUUACCGCCAACGAGCCGAGCUAGCCGCCUACUCCCAAAGCGAACUAAUCAACAUCCCUCCCGACCGCCGGCAGGUGAAUACCAACCCGGAUCCAGACCAGCCGGCUCCGCCACAGCUGCCGUCGAUCAUCACGCCGGACGGGGUGAUCCUGGGCGCGAACUUUGAUUACAGGGUUCCGCGGGACGAUCCGUAUCCUGGUUCCGGGGAGGGGAUCGGCCAUGUGCUUAGCUUUAUGCAUUUUGAGGAGGGAGAGCGGAGGGAGGGGUGGAGGAAGAGUUUUGAGAGUGGGACGGGGGUUUGA